GUGAUUGAUAUGUGGCAGAUGUACGAAAGUAGAAGCUGAAAACAGACAGAAGCAUAGUUAGAGCAGUUAAUUACCGAAGUACUUACUUUGAUUUGAAAGUGAGCCGAAGCGAAGACUGAGAUUUUGUUUCUAAAACCAAAUAAUAAUCAAAGAAAUAGAAUAAAUAUGUCCAGCUCAGCGAACAUCUCGAUGUGGAGUAAACGGUAUCGUAUGCAAAUUUUGGUAGCAACUGUUGCUCAUAUUAUGACCUUCACACAUGGCAUUAGCCUGGGUUGGCUCUCACCCAUCAUUCAGGUACUGCAAUCGUCUGAAUCACCGCUAAAUUUUACGAUUACCACAGAACAAGUCUCUUGGAUUGGUUCACUUUUUGGUAUUGGCUUUCUGGUUGGUAAUAUUUUCUUUGGACUAACUUUGGACCGUUUGGGUAGGAAGCUCAACAUGUACUUAUUGGCGAUUCCCCAUAUACUCUUCUGGGUCUUAAGCUAUGCGGCACAGAGCAUCGACUAUUUGUAUGCGUCACGUUUCUUUGCUGGAUUUACGAGCAGCGGCCUCUAUGUGGUUAUUCCAAUAUUCAUAAGCGAGUUCUCAGAUAAAGAAAUUCGUGGCGCUCUCACUGCCAUGGCUAUGGGUUUCCUCAGCACCGGCAUUUUGGUUGGAUAUGCAUUGCCCGCAUAUCUCGAUUACUUUUUGGUGCCUUGCAUAAUAAUCAUUUUACCAAUUAUUUAUCUGAUUGCUGCUUGGGCAUUUCCGGAAACGCCACAGUGUCUGCUGAAGCGCGGACGAACUGAGAGAGCGGAGAAUUCCUUCAAUUUCUACAAGAGCAUUCCCAAGCGGGAGAUGGUUUUGAGUCAUAAAUAUAAAAGAGACAUGGAACUGCCCGAGCCGACAAUGCCGGCGAGCAGUGAGUUUGAUGAGCUGAAGGAGAUGAUAUUGUCGGGUGGGCUAGCGACGCCCAUUACUAUUAAAGACUUUUUGACCAGGUCGGCCAUGUUCAAAUUUUUCACCGCCUUCAUUAUAUGUAUUCUCAAUCAAUUCUCGAGCAGCUUCGUCUUUGUCAGCUAUAUGUCCGCCAUUUUCGCUUCAUCCGGUUCAACGAUGGAUCCCAAUGAGUGCACCAUUUAUAUGGGUGUGGUGGAGAUAGCAGGCACAGUGACUUCAACUGUAUUGGUGGAGCGUUUCGGCCGUAAAGUGUUGUUCCUUACUUCUACAGCGACUAUGGCUGCUUCGAUGUUUGCCUUCGGCAUUUUUGUGCAAUUUACCGAUGAAUCGACGAAAGCGCAAUACGAAUGGGCGCCAGUGGUGUUGAUGGCAUUGGUUGUGUACACGGCUGCUUUCGGUGUUGUUGGGUUGACCUACACGAUCAUUGUCGAAAUUUUACCAGCAAAGAUUCGCGGCCAAGCUCAAGCGAUCAGUAUGAUUUUCAUGAGCAUUUGCGUGUUUGGUGCACUUCACCUUUAUCCAAUGUUCCUUUACAACUAUGGCCUACCGGUGACUAUGUAUUCCUGCACUGGGGUUUGCAUUGUUUGUGGAAUUUAUUUGAUAAUUUUCCUCGAAGAGACAAGAGGCAAAUCAAUGGAGCAAGACUAGGAAGGUAAUAUCCAAGUCCGUGGAAUAUCAAAGACGAUAAUAAAAAAAUUAUAAUGCAUUCGUUUUAGAUGCACAAUGUGGAGUAGUUUUUAUAAUAAGAAUAAAAUAGUUAU